AACCUGUGACGGUUUACAUUGACAAAAAGAGUACACAAGUUUAUUUUAUUUAGCCACUUAUAAAUAUUGGUCCAACUUCUCUUCUUUCUAAGGUAGGAGCAGAAAAUAAGUUCACGCGGGUAUUGUAUUUCCUAAGUACUAACCAGGCUUGAUGUUGCUUCUAUGAUCGGACAAACUUCGGACGGAGACAUAUUCUGAAAAUUAAAAACUUUUUGGGUCGGACGAAACGCCGUGUUUACAUGACAAUUAAAAAAAGACUACAAAUAAUCUAAUACAAAAUACAAUGUCUUUAUUUAUAACACAUAAAACACAGUUUAAUAAUCAACUUGCUAAAUAAUCUAAUUCGAUCAUAAAUUUACAUGAAUUCCAGCUGUGGCGGGAAUAAAUCGCAAGUGACACCGUCAAUUAGCGAAGAAAAUCGAAAUCGUUUUAAGAUAACUGAUAUUUUGUGGGGAGGUGGGGAGAACGCACUAAUCUGAAAUUAGGGUUAUCUUUUAACAAAUAGCUGCAUUUUUGGAAUUUUCCCUGUAAAUCAUUGCAACUUGUCGCUUUGACAUUUGAAAGCAAAUAACUGGUGAUUAACGCCCAUAAUGGUUGUUAUGACUACGUAUUAUAGUCGUUCAUGAUGAAAACAAAAAAAUAAUCACUAAAUUGUGAAUGAAGCUCUUCCAUGGACUGAAAAAAGCCAUAGAAAACUUCGAUUUUUAUUGAUAACAAUGCCUAAGAAUGCACAUGUUUUCAUUCAUUAUGGCCCAUAUGAAUCUUGCUGGACAGUCAACUAUCAAACCAAACGUUUGGAAGGCUUGCAAAACAUUUUUACAAAGAGUGGCCAUACUGUGGAACUGAAGGAAAUUCCUGACUGGAAUGCUGUACAAAUUUGGGUAAAUGGAGAGUUAGUCUUCAAAUGUAAUAUUCAAGAUCUUGAUUUUGGAGGUGAUGGAUGGUUAGAUCCCCUUUGUACUGAAGCCGAAGAUAAAGUCACUAAAGCUUUUUGAUGUUGAAAAUAGGAUAAUGACUUAAAACAGAUGAAGUGUUAACCUGCCCGAAACACGAACUCUUGCUUUAUUGCUUCAAGUUGAGUGCCUCAAUGUUUCGUCUUCUCACUAACAACAAAUUUAAUAUUAAGAUUUGGGGAAUUAGAUCUCAGGCUUCAUCUCACAAAGAUGUCUAGGCAAAAGCAACCAAAUUUUAAAAAUGAAUUUCAGUGGUUCUCUCACCUAAAUGAUUGUAACCCUUGAGACUAUAUUCCUGGUAAUGAAGAAUUUAGUACAAUAACUUUGUCAUUGUGAAAAUCAAAGUGUAAUGGAAGGUUUUAGUUAGAGCAUUUUAAAAUAGUUUUAUAAUAAAAAGUUUGUAUCAGAACUAAGGUGGUUUUGGGCAGGUUGGCAUCAAAACGGUUAAAAUCUAAUUCUUUUGAUGUGUUCACUGUUCCUUGAUAAUAUUUCUAACAAAGUACUCCAUUCAUGUUUCAUAUUUUAAAAGCAAUGAAAAAUUUGGAAGUCUCUUGCUCCAGCUCUCUUAACCGUUUGUGUGAGAAAUACAUGAACAAGUACGUAUGGAGACAACAUAGGGAAGAGAAUACUCUUUAGUCUUGCCAGUAAUGAGACAAACCUGCUGCAAACCAAAUGUAGGGUACAGACGACUUUAUAGUCUUAAUUUCACUUAGUCAACGUGAUUGAGCAGAUUUAUUUGUAUAUCUAGGACAACACUGUUUACUGUAGUAUUCAUAUUUUAAGAUAGUAGGGUAUAAUUUAAGAGAAUUUGGUUACUUAAGAAUUAAGCUAGUGUUGAGAUAUAAACUCUGUCUCUUCUACCAUUCAUAUGUUUACAUCUAGCAGCCAAAUCACACUGAAACUAUACCUUAAUGUUUAUCAAGAAGAGACACACACACCCACACACACAUAUAUAUAUAUAUAUGUGUAUAGAACACUGCAUAAAUCAUUUCCAUAGUUUUAUUUUACUCAUUAGACUAUCAUCAUGGUAGGGCAUUGCCUUAAAGGGUGUACUUGAUCAAAUCAGUCCUAGUACAUAUUCUUAAAAUUUGGUUUCUAUCAGUCUCUUUUUGCUGAACUACUAUGUUAUCAGGACAUAAGCCAACACCAGUUGUCAAGCAGUGAGAAAACCGCCACCAUCCCUCGCAUAUUUUGUAAAGGGAAAUUGAGCAUCCGCGAUUUCUGCUUACAAAAUUCACCCACAAAACAUUGGUAAGCCUAGGAAGACACUUGCCCAAAGAACCAAGCAGUGUAAUUGAACCUGGUUGGGAAGUAAACACCUAAAGCACACAGCCUUGCCUGCAAUUGUAGAGGAUGUAUUAAUAAAUAAAUAUUAUUCAAACCAAAAAUGUA